AAGUUUCAUUUUGUUUUCAUUUCUUUUCUUAGGAUUGUUAGAUUGUACAUACACCAUAUCUACAUUCAUGUGGUUUUUCAGAGACAUGGUAUAUUGCAAAACUUUCUCAAUCUAUAAUGCUCUUUGAUCAUAACUGUGGAUAUUGAAUGGCUUCUGACAAUUAUGGACAGAUGAUCAAAGUUAUCAUGACUUUGAGACUUCAAACCUAAAGGAAAAUGCUCAUGACUGUAAUCAAGAGUUUUCACUCUGUGUUGUUAGGCCAUUUAGGUGUUUCACUCUUUCUAAUUUGAGCAUGUGUAAGCUUCAUAGUAUAUCAUAAAUGUAUAUUAUCUUUUGUUUUAGUUUUGAAAGGCCAAUUGGGUUCUUCACAUGUUCGACAAAUUUGUCCACUUUUGAGAGUAGAAGUAUUUAUACAAAAACACUGGAAACUCCUGACGGUGUUCUCUUGAUGAAAAAAUUCAGGCUUUUGAAUAUUUUUUUUGGUCCACAUGAAACAAGAUUGGUAAUCAGGUCCUGUUUUAAGUGGGUUGCUCACAUCCUUUUUUCUUUUCGAUUCUUACGUGUAAGUGUAGUUUAGUAACAGAAACAACUAAAAGUUGGUUAAAAAAAAGAGAUACAAUGAUUUUAAGCGAUCUUCAAAUGUAACAUGAUUUUGAUUGUAACUGAUUGACAGUAACGAUCGGACAGUUUUCUAAAUCGGGACAAGAAUGACUCUGUUGCUCCAUGUCGUCCUUUUUUUGUCCAUUGGUGCUCCGCUUUGUCCUUGACUAUAGGCAAACACAUCCUGAAGUCACUGUUCUUGAUCCACCUGAUGCCAUACAACAUUUACACAAUCGUCAAUCCAUGCUCCAGGCUGUUGCUGAUAUGAACUUGUCUGAUUCCUAUGGCAAAGUUGGUGUUCCCAGACAGUUGGUUGUCAAAAGAGAUGCAUCGUCCAUACCUGAUGCUGUUGCAAAUAGUGGGCUGACACUACCCAUUGUUGCAAAGCCACUGGUCAAUGAUGGAAGUGCAAAGUCACAUGAAUUAUCACUUGCUUUUGAUCGAUACUCUCUUCAAAAGCUUGAACCUCCGCUUGUUCUUCAGGAGUUCGUAAACCAUGGAGGUGUUCUUUUUAAAGUCUAUAUUGUGGGUGAAGCUAUAAAAGUGGUCAGGCGUUUCUCUUUACCUGAUGUCAGUAAACGUGAGCUCUCCAAAACGGCUGGUGUAUAUCGUUUCCCCAGGGUUUCUUGUGCUGCAGCUUCUGCAGAUGAUGCAGAUCUGGACCCAGGCAUUGCUGAACUUCCUCCACGACCGUUACUUGAGAGACUUGCCAAGGAACUUCGCCGUAGACUGGGUCUGCGGCUGUUCAACUUGGAUAUGAUCAGAGAGCAUGGGACCAGAGAUCGGUUUUAUGUCAUUGACAUUAACUAUUUCCCUGGGUAUGGGAAAAUGCCGGAGUAUGAGCACAUAUUUACGGACUUCCUCUUGAGCCUGGUGCAGGCCAAGUACAAAAAAAGAUCUGGCUGAAAAACUUUUAAUUGACUCUCCUUGAGAACAAAGUGGGAGUCUGAUCACAGAUAUAGCAGAGCACCUCAAUAAGAUUCUGCAGGGUAAGGUUCCUUGCUUCGGUCCCACGUACAGUGACAUGUGUGGAUCCCUGCUGAUGGCCGAAGGAAGAUGUUCGGCCGUACAGUCAAUUGCUAAUAGGAGAUGUUCCCCCGAGAAGAAUGCAUCAUGUACAGAGUUCUCAGAAGUCUAACUUGGCUCUGUUGAUUCUUUUUCUUUCUACCUGUUUCUGUCGUUGGUAGAUCAUGUAAGCAGCUGCUAAUUACAGAAUCUAAAAAAUUUAUUGGGUUAAUUUUUGAUUUUAUAAUAUUUAUGUUUCUUUUAACAUUUAGGUUGGAAAGAUGCAAAAUCUGAUGUCAUUUUCAAUUUUAUAAUUGAUGCCUCUUACAUUU